UCGAAAAUGGAUGACAAAUUUCGGUCAAAAAAGUGUAGUGAGGGUGAUUCGCAUAUGCAAUCGGGAAACAAAUGGCUAGAGACUUCUAUUUGGAAGCUGAAGACCAGUCCUGACUAUGACAGUGCGGCAGCUGACUUCGACAAAGCCCUCACUUGUUACAAACUCGCAAAAGACAUGGACAAGGCAAUAGAUGCUGCUAUGAAAUCAGCUGAAUGUUAUUUGAAGACUAGUCAAGAGUUCCAUUGCGCAAAACUAAUAGAGCAAGUGGCUCUUUUCUACCGGGACAAAAACGACAUGAAAAUGUGCUGCAAAUACAUCGAACAGAGUUCAAAUCACUACACCAGCUGUGGUGAAAUAGACAGUGCAUUCCAAUGUAUCGAACGACUAGCCAAGUCGUUGGACCAAUCGAGUUCUUCAACUGAGCUACACAAAAUGACAGCUGUUGCUCUGCUUAAAAAAGCAUUUGAAGUUGGGAAAAUAUCAAAUCGACCACACGAAGCUGUAAGUGCUCUAGAUUACGCAAGCAAGAUUCUACUGAGUUUGAAAAAAUACGAAGAGUCUCUCGAAAUAGUGGAGCGAACUUGGAAUUUUUACGAAGAAGUUAAUAAUCCGAAGAUGCUUUUCAGAGUCGGUCUUCAUUUUGUCUUGUUAAAUUUACAACUACAAAGGUUCGAACCUGCGCUUGAAAUGAGCCAGAAAAUGUUGAACGUUGACGAAGAGUUAGCUGGAGAGCUUAAUGUAUUGAUAAAAGCAUUCGAAAUGGGUGACCAAAAAUUAGUUUCAAAAAUAACAAUGGGUCAGAAUUUUGUCUAUACUGAAAAUGAGUUUGCAAAAUUAGGAGCAAAUUUGAAAGUUUCGGAAAGUGCGGAGGAGAUUUUUGUGAGAAAUGGCAGCAGAUCUUUAGACUCUGGGUUCGCAAGUGGGUCAACUGGGAUGAGUAGAGAAGUAGAAUUUGAUGAAGAUGAUUUGUCGUAAAAUUGGGACUGCGUGCAAACAAAACCAGAAUUCAUAAACCGAUUUGUACCCAUUUCAGUUUCUAGUAGAACAGGGUCAAUUAAAAUCUUAGGUUUUCAAGAUAUUAACGUCUUAUGCAUUUUUCCGAAAAAAGUUCUUUUUUAAACCAGAUAACUUACUUUUUCUUGAUUUUGCAGCAGUUGGUUGUUUUGUUUGCUUAAUUUUCUGUAUAAAACGCAGUUUCAACUGAGAGUAUCAGCUAAAAGUAAAAAGUUGGUGGAAUAUUAAUGGUGCAGUUAUCUUUUUCGGACCCUCUGAGGACAACAUGAGCGUCUGAAUUGCCCGUAAACUCCGGAAAGAAUUAUUGCCAUUUUCACCCUGUUCAUAAUUGACACUAGCUGCUAGUCUAAGUUUUAAGAAUGUAUCAUUUAUCGAUAGUUUACAGAUGAAUUUUGUUGUACAGUCUAUUUAUUUUAAAAUUGGCGACCGAUAAUUUGAUUGUAAUUUAGCAUGUUAGCUGUGCAUCUUUGUUUGAUUGUAAUUCAAGUCAAACUUCGA